AUAACCGGCUGUGGUUCGGCCUAGAGGCGGUUAACUUGACGCAGCAGCGAUAAAAAGGCGGCGUGGUUCUCUGGAUUUAGGGCAUUCUCCAACUUCACGUCGUUCUCCUGUCAGGCGCGUUCAUCGACUGUCAACAUGGUUCGCGAAGUAGAAAAUUUGGCGGAAUUCCAGAGCAUCCUGAAGGAGGCUGGAGGUAAGCUGGUGGUGGUGGACUUCACAGCUACGUGGUGUGGCCCCUGCAAACAGAUUGGCCCAGAAUUUGAAAAAUUGUCACAGUUGCCUGAAAACAGUAACGUGAUUUUCCUGAAGGUGGACGUGGACGAGGCUGAGGAUGUGAGUUCCGAGUGUAAAAUCAACUGCAUGCCCACAUUCCACUUUUACAAGAAUGGAGAAAAGGUGGACGAGUUCUCUGGUGCUAACAAAACAACACUAGCAGAGAAAGUGGCAUUGCAUAGAUCAUGAGUCCCUCCAACCAACCCUACAGUAGAAGCUGUUACCCUCCUGUACAUGUCUACGAAGGAAUUCCAGUUUUAUUUCCGAUCUCUAUCAGGUCUUCUAUCCCCAACAGCAAUAAUUUAUUCCACUCAUCACGUAAUGGCAACAUAGUCUUGUCAGUAUAGUAUCUUGACAAUGGGCUGAAAUUUGAUUCUAACCUGACGACCACUUUUUACCUCUGUUUUGAGCGAUCUGCUUUGUUCCUGACAACCUGGACUUCUUUGUACGUUGUGGAUUGAAUAAACCGAUGAAUUCCACAAA